AUACGCUAUUCCGGUCAAGUGGACGUGAGAACUUUAUUGUAGUAUUGACUACCACACAGAAGCUUAUCAAAAAAACCAACUCUAUACAUUUCGUGCUAAAUACUCCAAGAAACAUUACAAUGCGUCACACUUACAUUCUAAUGUAAAAAUAGGAAAUUAAGAUUUGUAUUUAUGUAUACGACUGAAGGACUUGAAUCCAAGGUCAUGAAUAAUAAAAAAAGCAAUGCAAGGUCAAUGUAUCCAUUGCCAAUAAAUAAAAAAAAGCAAGGCUAGGUACAAAAUUUAUAUUUGUAUUCUACUUGCUUGCUUGUUGCUGCUUAUUUUCAUUGAGUGAAUAAAUGUCGUGUGAAUUUAAUUAAAUGGUUUCAAUUCAUAAUUUAUUAAUGAAAAAUGAUGAGGUAGCUCAAUACAGACUAUAAUUCUGUAAUUCUCCUUACUCAUUGACUGACAAAAAACUAAAAAUGUCUACCCCACCGCCGUCAACACAGCAACGUCGUUCAACUGAAGAAACCAAGAAAAGUACUCCACCGACUUCUAGUAUCGUUACCAGAAAUGGAGCUCGCAAGGCUAAAAUUCAAACACGCGCUAUGUCUGCUGGAGCCAAACCUUCAGCAUCAGUGCUUGCUGCUAAAAAGAAGGCCAAACAGAAGAAAAAACAAACUUUUGAUACUAUUCUGAGAGAUCACUAUCAAACUGUGAUGGAGUCCAAGAAUAAAGUGAAGGGACCAACAGGAUUUGUGACUGAACCUCGUAUGGCUGAACACCAUUGUCUGUGGGAUGCGAAGUAUCCAGAGUGUCCAGAACGAUUAAUAAGUGUUAUUAACAGGUGCAAAGAAUUGAAUUUGAUUGAGCAAUGUGUCAAUAUUCCACCUCGACCUGCUACAAAAGAAGAAUUGUGUGUGCUUCAUUCACCGUCAGUUUAUGAGAUGCUCAAAACAACCCACAAGAAUGAUGACAUUGAGUAUUUAGAGGAGGUAUCUGCAAAAUAUGACGCCAUCUACAUACAUCCUAGCACGCACGAAAUCGCGCUACUAGCAGCGGGCUCUACCAUCGACCUCGUAGACCGGGUAGUGAGCGGAGAGUUUCAGAACGGGGUUGCGUUUGUGCGUCCUCCAGGACACCACGCCAUGAAGGCGGAGCCCUGCGGUUACUGCUUCUACAACAACGUGGCGUUGGCUGCCAAGCAUGCUAUACAUAAACAUGCACUAAACAGAAUAUUAAUUGUGGACUGGGACGUGCAUCACGGGCAAGCGACGCAACAGAUGUUUUAUGAGGACCCACGGGUGGUAUACUUCUCGAUCCAUCGCUACGAGCACGGGUCGUUCUGGCCGAAUCUUCGCCAGUCUGACUUCCAUUACGUGGGUGCUGGGAGAGGCCGCGGGUACAACUUUAAUGUGCCGCUCAACGAGACUGGCAUGGGGGAUGCUGACUAUUUAGCCAUAUGGUAUCAGCUGCUACUGCCUAUGGCAUUUGAGUAUCAACCGGAGCUGAUCAUAAUAUCGGCAGGCUACGACGCUGCGAUCGGCUGUCCCGAGGGCGAGAUGGAGGUGACGCCUUCGUGUUACGCCACCCUCACGCACUUGCUGAUGUCGGUGUGCUCCCGUGUGGUGGUGGUGCUGGAGGGGGGCUACUGCUUGCAGUCCCUGGCGGGGGGCGCCGCCCUCACGCUGCGCGCGCUGCUGGGCCGCGCCCCGCCCCCGCCCGCGCCCGCGCCCUCGCCCCGCCUGCAGAUCCGCGAGACUAUCCUGAACUGCAUCUACGCACAUAAAAAGUACUGGAACUGCUAUAACUACCAGCUCACAUAUAGCAUGGAUAAGAGCGUUCCGAACGUAUGCGACGGACAGAAAGAGAAGCACAUUGUUUCGGUACGGUGGGAGGGAGACGAAACGAGACCGGAGAGAUUCGCCACACGCGACUGCUAUCCGUUGCAAGACGACAAUACUAAGAGGGAGAUCAUGGACAAGCUGAACCGGUUAGAGAUGCUAACCGACCUGUCUUUGCCCCAACACGAAGUUGGGUACGUUUAUGACCCAGCGAUGUUGAAGCACAGGAAUAUUUGUGAACCCGGGCACGUGGAAUGUCCGGAACGUAUAAUGCGUAUUCAUGAAAGGCAUCGGGACUUUGGCCUUCUAAGCCGCGUACACAUGGUCACGCCACGACUGGCUACUGAUGAGGAAAUACUAGCUGUUACGUCAGAGAAACAUUUGCAAAGGCUAAAAGAACUGUCAACGACGAAGUUAAGAGAUUUGAACAGUCAAAAAAAUGCCUUUGACUCCGUGUACUUUCACCCUGAUUCACUGGAGAGUGCUUCCAUGGCAAUCGGCUGUGCAAUAGAGAUGGUAGACGCAGUACUAUCGGGUCGCUGCGGAUCGGGCACCUGCGUAGUUCGUCCGCCGGGGCACCACGCGGACGGUGACACACCCAGUGGGUUCUGUCUACUGAACACCGCGUGCGCUGCCGCUACCCACUGCGUCACUGCGCACGGCCUCACGCGCGUGCUCCUACUCGACUGGGACGUACACCACGGGGACGGCACGCAGCGGCUCACUGCGGCCUCUAGGCAAAUUCUCUACAUGUCGCUGCAUCGAUACGAACACGGCUCGUUCUUCCCGCACUCGCGCGCCGGCGACUACACCGCUGUGGGGGAAGGCAAAGGGGAAGGGUACAACGUUAACAUACCGUGGAACAAGCGUGGAAUGGGUGACUCGGAAUACUUGGCGGCAUUCACACAGGUAGUGUUGCCUGUGGCCAUGGAAUAUAACCCCGAAAUCGUCAUAGUCUCCGCCGGGUUCGACGCCUGCGUCGGUGACCCACUAGGCGGUUGCAACGUGUCGCCAGAAUGCUUCGGGCGUAUGACGCACAUGCUCAGAAGCUUAGCCGGUGGAAGGGUCAUCCUUUGCUUAGAGGGGGGUUACAAUGUCACCAGUAUCUCAUAUGCCAUGACUAUGUGUACAAAAGCCCUCCUAGGCGACCCCUUACCGCCCUGCGAUUCCCGCUCCACGUGCCAUCCUUCCGCAAUAGAAUCCAUCAACAAUGUCAUCAGAACACACAAGAAAUACUGGAAAAGCUUAAUGUUCCAGCUAGCUUUACCUGCAGAAAACGUUCUAGAUGAACCGCUACCCUCCAGAGGAUUGGUAAUAGAAGACCACAAUGCGACGAGCGAAUCGGAUAGACUUGCAGAAUUGUCUUCCAACUCAUUGGAUGCUUCAGCUUGCUCCAAGAACUCCAGCAGAUUAGACGGAUCAUUGGAGAACCAUAUGGCUAACCUGAGCAUAGAUAAACCGAAGUGUGAAGAUGGUAUUCAUUGCGGGACGGAUGAUGAGGAAGACAAACCAGAAUGCUCGAAUGAUGUUAGUGAAAGUGUAGAGUCAGUGAGCGAACAAGUCGGUAGCAGUGGUGAGAAAAAGUGUGGUGUAGGUUGUGGUAGUGAAAAGACUCCGGCUACUCUAGUGGACUAUUUAGCAGAGAAUAUGCAGGCGAUAGUGGAUGGGGAGAUGUUUGCAGUGAUUCCGAUGCCUUGGUGUCCUCAUCUGGAAUCGCUGUUUGCGAUACCUGCAGAUGUUAAAUUUUCACAGGGUGUGAAGUGCAUCGAAUGCGAUGAAACUGUGGAGAACUGGGUGUGCCUACACUGUUUUGUCACGGCGUGCGGUCGUAGUAUAAACGGGCACAUGCAAUCGCACUACCGGAGCUCUCAACACCCACUCGCGCUAUCGCUCCUCGACUUGUCCGUAUGGUGCAGCACCUGCGACGCUUACGUCGACAACUCGCUGCUUUACGACGCGAAGAACAACGCUCACCGCUGCAAGUUCGGCGAAGACAUGCCCUGGUGUUAUAACAGUGAUACGAUUCAGAUGCAGUAAUGAUUGUGAAAGAACUUUUAGUGAAAUUUUGGGCCUGAUACUCUGAAAUCGAUGGAGCUGAGGCCCAAAGCACGAAUUUUGACAGCUCCGUAAUCGUAUCUCAUCGUCAGAGUUUCUAUUAAACUAAGCAGUGCCCCCAAUCGGACGUAAGAAGAAACUACGUUUUUCCAUACAAAAUUUGACAACGACGACACGGUUACGUAGCUGUCAAAGUUCUUAAUAUCAUAAAACAAAAGCUCCAAAGUAUAAGCAGAUAAUUUAUUAUUUUCUACGGCAGCCUCACCUUUCCAUGCCCCUAUGAACAUGUGAAGGAUAUGCUGUCGAAUUUGAUUUCGGGUUUAGGGAACCAAGCCCAUUGUGAUUGGUUAUGAUGAGGUUACUCGAAUAAGGAAAGCAAAUUGUACAGGAUUGUUGCCUACAAGCUGCUGUAUGAUGGGCCUUAAUCAGCGGCGUAGCGUGGGUGUCGGCCGCCCGGGGCGAAGAACAAUUUUGUCGCCCUCUUAUUAAAAUGGUUGAAAUAUUUUUAU